AUGUAUCGGCGCGGCGGGGGCAAGAGGGACCACAACAACAAGCCGGUGAAGAAGGAUGAGAGCGACAGCAAAAAAUAUGCCGAGCUUUUGGUGUUCGGCUAUGCCUGCAAGCUGUUCCGGGACGACGAGAGGGCUCACUUCCACGAGCAGGGCAAACAGCUCAUACCAUGGAUGGGGGACAAGAACAUCCUGAUUGAUAGGUCGGUUGAACAAACCUAGACGGAAUUGUUAUCCUAACCAACUUUCCUAAUCAGAUCUGUCUUUCGAAGGGACCGAUCGGAUUAUUGUUUUGCUGAAGGCGUAGUUUACCAAAAUAUAACUGUGUGCGAACCAUUUAUCUAGCUUCCUUAAUAAUGUAAGUUUUGUCCUCAUGAAUGCGAAGAUGCAUUAGCUAUUAACAAAAGGUAGCAGAGCAUCAUGUCAAGAUGCUAUGUUCUCCACAAGUUGGGUCAUAUUUCAACAGUGAACAAGCUCUACAUGAGACUGACAGUUGUCUAAAAUGGCCCCUUAAAAAAUUGUCAUAAAUCAAUGUACUUGUUUACAGGGCUUUGGACUAUAGAUAGUCUACUAGUAAUAUUGUAUUCAAUGUAGUAUUAUGUAACUGCCCAUUGCCCUUUUAAGGGAGGCCUAUGCGUGUUGGUGUAUUUGGAUUUGCUCUGGUAGCUUCAACAUGAGAAUAUUCAGUUAAGUAUAUAUUCAGUUCAGUUUCUUUCCAACACGAUUUGGAUGUAAACAACCUAAGAUCUCUAAAUGCAUUUCACUAAACUGCAUUCAAAUGAGAACUUCAAACCUUACCAGCAAGUCGCCUACGAAUCUAAUUUGUUGAUAAUACCACAGCAAAUUCAACCCAAACUUCUGCUAUACGUCAAAUAUGUGAAAUAAGGUGGUUCACAGUAAUUACUGUCAAAAUGUAGGUUCUUAUACUGUUGACUAAUGCCUGCCAAGUAUCCCAGCUCUGUUGUUUCCCUUUUGCUUUCAGUUGUUCUUUUCUAAUGACAUUUUCUUGCAGGCUGUAAAGCAUGUUGGCAAUGAUGACCUGUAAAAGUAGUUGUUUAUUUGGAAAUAAACCCACUUGAACCAUGAAGGGAGUGACAUUAUGUUGGACCUUCAUGAUCUCGUUGAGCCACCUUAAUCUUUUUGGCCGUGUCUCUUGUUUCCAAUGUAUUUGUGUUUCUCUAUCACAUAACCAGCCCUUAUUUCCCCAGCUAGUAGCCUAAGGCUAAGGGGUCCUGCCUGGCCCCCCAAUGCCAACCCCAGUGCCCACUUAUCUCUUUCGACGAAGAAACUCUGGAGAAGUGGAAGAGAGGAGCGAACGCAGGAAAAUUUCGUCCGUUUGGGUUCUUACGGAUAGGUAUUUAUGUGCUCGGGUUUGUGUGGAUGUACCUUUUUUACAGAUAUAGGAGGAGUGGUGAGUGUUAUAGGGGGGAAACUUGAACCCUGUAAGGUAAGAGGCGAGUUGUUUUCUUUUGGUUUGUUUUUCUGUUCAUGCAGGGCUGUUGCUCCGUAGCAAUUUGUUGAGAGAUCAAUGAGAUUCAUUGAGUAAGCUUGCCAGAAAACUGCACUAGAGAGCCUAUGUCAGGAGUUGUUCAGGUUAGUCUGUCUUUAUUGUGACGAGAUUGCUCAGUUCCAGUACCAUACACUCCCUCAUGAAAGACUUGUGACUGAGGUAGCACGUUUUGUUGUUAAAAACUCGUUGUUUUAGGGUCCUACCUGUGUUGGUAAGUAGGUCCGUGUGUUGACCUUUCUCACAAUUGGCUUGCUCUAUUUCUCUAACCCCUCUCUUCACCCUACAGGUAUGAUGGGCGUGGUCACUUACAUGACCUCUCGGAGUAUGACGCGGGCUCGUGGAACAGAGACUACCAGCUGUCCGAGGAGGAGGCCAGGAUCGAGACCCUGUGUGAUGAGGAAAGGUACCUGGCCAUGCACACAGACCUGCUGGAGGAAGAAGCCAGACAAGGUAGGCCUAUCAGAGUCACAGCUGGGGGCAUCAUACUCUGUCUGUGGUGUCUGAACUGCUGCACAAUGCCUCGGCUCAUCUGGAUAAGCUGUGGAAGACAGUGGUGAAUUAAUUAUUUCAGGAAGUGCCCAUGCGUUUCAAUUACACAUAUAUCAGUAUGUGGGGACAUCACUCAAUUCAGCAUCUGCAUUUGCCAUCUGUUUCAGAUGACAGGAAGUUCUACCUGAAAGGAGAACAAAAACACUAUGCAACAAUUAGGUUCUACAUAAGGUGCCAAAGUGAAUAAUGGAAUGAAUCCCCUUGUGUUCACUGAGCGGAAUGAGCUUUCAAAAGGCUGUUUCAAUGAUGUAUUCUGCAACACCUCCAUCAUCAACAGAAUGUGUUCAGGCACUGGAAGGUUGUUUUGAUUGCAGUAUGGUAAUGUGCCCUUCUCUCUGUACUGGCAACAGAAAGGCCAUGUUAUCCUAGGUAAUAACCUCGGUUCAAUUUUCACAUUCUGAUCUACUGAUCUGAAUCCUAUUUGGAUGGGAAAGAGAAGUCUGGUAGUAAAGCUAUGUCAAAGACGGUGAGAGAGUUUAUGAGAGGGUAGAUUCUCAGCAGCCUAAAGUACGGGGGUCAUUUCAGUGCAUGCAGACCCUCUAGUAAGUAGGUUUGCGAGGUCCAUGAUAAAAUGUUCAGUAUUUUCUCAGACAACCACUGUCUGGUUGAAUGACUGAUUAUAGACUAUUGUUGAGACUUAGGCUAUGUUUACUGUUUAAUUUGUCAUUUCCAAUGGGAAUCAGCAUCAGUUGUGCUGCCUUGGACAAUGUUAUAAACAUGCCUUCAUGUUCAAUUUAUUUCAUGUACUUUUAACCACUCUUUCUGUCCUUGUCUGAUGUUCCAUGCAAAAGUACAGUGCCUUGCAAAAGUAUUCAUCCCCCUUGGUGUUUUUCCUAUUUUGUUGCAUUUCAACCUGUAACUUAAAUUGAUUUUUAUUUGGAUUUCAUAUAAUGGACAUACACAAAAUAGUCCAAAUUGGUAAAGUGAAAUGAAAAAAAUAACUUGUUUCAAAAAAUUCUAAAAAAGAAAUAACGGAAAAGUGGUGUGUGCAUAUUUAUUCACCCCCUUUGCUAUGAAGCCCCUAAAUAAGAUCUGGUGCAACCAAUUACCUUCAGAAGUCGCAUAAUUAGUUCAAUUGCACACAGGUGGAGUUUAUUUAAUUGUCACAUGAUCUCAGUGUAUAUAUACACCUGUUCUGAAAUGCCCCAGAGUCUGCAACACCACUAAGCAAGGGGCACCACCAAGCAAGCGGUACCAUGAAGACCAAGGAGCUCUCCAAACAGGUCAGGGACAAAGUUGUGGAGAAGUACAGAUCACGGUUGAGUUAUAAAAAAAAAUAUCAGAAACUUUUAACAUCCCACGGAGCACCAUUAAAUCCAUUGUUAAAAAAUGGAAAGAAUAUGGCACCACAACAAACCUGCCAAGAGGGGGCCGCCCACCAAAACUCACGAACCAGGCAAGGAGUGCAUUAAUCAGAGAGACAACAAAGAUAACCCUGAAGGAGCUGCAAAGCUCUACAGCGUAGAUUGGCGUAUCUGUCCAUAGGACCACUUUAAGCCGUACACUCCACAGAGCUGGGCUUUACGGAAGAGUGGCCAGAAAAAAGCCAUUGCUUAAAGAAAUAAAUAAGCAAACACGUUUGGUGUUCGCCAAAAGGCAUGUGGGAGACUCCCCAAACAUAUGGAAGAAGGUACUCUGGUCAGAUUAGACUAAAAUUGAGCUUUUUGGCCAUCAAGGAAAACACUAUGUCUGGCACAACCCCAACACCUCUCAUCACCCCGAGAACACCAUCCCCACAGUGAAGCAUAGUGGUGGCAGAAUCAAGCUGUGGGGAUGUUUUUCAUUGGCAGGGACUGGGAAACUGGUCUGAAUUGAAGGAAUGAUGGAUGGCGCUAAAUACAGGAACAUUCUUGAGGGAAACCUGUUUCAGUCUUCCAGAGAUUUGAGACUGGGACGGAGGUUCACCUUCCAGCAGGACAAUGACCCUAAGCAUACUGCUAAAGCAACACUUGAGUGGUUUAAGGGGAAACAUUUAAAUGUCUUGUAAUGGCCUAGUCAAAGCCCAGACCUCAAUCCAAUUGAGAAUCUGUGGUAUGACUUAAAAUUGCUGUACACCAGCGGAACCCAUCCAACUUGAAGGAGCUGGAGCAGUUUUGCCUUGAAGAAUGGGCAAAAAUCCCAGUGGCUAUAUGUGCCAAGCUUAUAGAGACAUACCCCAAGAGACGUGCAGCUGUAAUUGCUGCAAAAGGUGGCUCUACAAAGUAUUGACUUUGUGGGGGGUGAAUAGUUAUGCACGCUCAAGUUUUUCUGUCUUAUUUCUUGUUUGUUUCACAAAAAAAAAUAUUUUGCAUCUUCAAAGUGGUAGGCAUGCUGUGUAAAUCAAAUGAUACAACCCCCCCCCCAAAAUCAAUUUUAAUUCCAGGUUGUAAGGCAACAAAAUAGGAAAAAUUCCAAGGGGGUGAAUACUUUCGCAAGCCACUGUACCUCUCGUGUCCAAAGAUGUAUAUUUUAUUGCCUUGAGUGGUGAAAUGCCCAUCAUUUUAAACACAUUUGUAUUCACUACAACCGCUGGGCAUCGAUGGACCCCCCCUUCAAGCUAAUGAGCAGUUAUUCUGACUGCAACAUUCUAACAGUAUAAUUUAUAUAUUUUAUAUAUGCUAUUUGAAAAAUAAUAAUUUGGUUUUGUUUAUGAAGCCUUGGGUAACAUUAGAAUACGAUUUGUAUUUUAUUUCAAGUAACACUAGCAUUUUCAUGAGUUUAUGUUACGGCUAUAUGUAAAAAUUCAAAUGUUCAAUCAAUUUUAUUUGUUACAACUGUUAGGUUCUGACAAAAACAGAGUCAACUCACGGACAACUAAGAAAUGCUCAAACCAAGUGUCAAGAGUUGCUGUAGGUAGGUGUGGUGUGGAAUCAGGCGCAGGACGCAGAAGUUAAGUCCAAACAAAGUCUUUAGUAGAUCAACACAAAAUAAUCCAAGAACAGCCCGGAGGCGAGAAAAGCGAGCACAGGCGUAACCAAACGGGCGCACUAAACAUGUGCGUAAAUCUCUCCUAAAACAACAAGGAGGCAAACUACUAAAUAGCGCACCAAAAUAGGUAGCGCAGCAACACGGCAAGAAAACAAUUACACACAACACCUAACUAACAACAAGGAACUAAAUAGGGUGCUUAAUGAGACAUAACACAAAACAGGUGUGACAAACAGACAAAACCAAUCAAACAAGAAACAUAGAACGGUGGCAGCUAGUACUCCGGAGACGACGACCGCCGAAACCUGCCCGAACAAGGAGGAGGGGCCGCCUCGGCCGAAACCGUGACACCAAGUUUAUUCACCCAAUGGGUCAAACAGCUGAAUGACAAAAAACAUGUUCCCACCAGCACUAGUGUGUGUGUGUGUGUGUGUGUAUAUAUAUAUAUAUAUAUAUGUAUAUAUACCCCACUUUAGGUGAAGUCUCCUUCUUUCUCUAAACAUUAGAUCUUUAUUGCUAGGCAGGAAGUUAAAUGAUGUGGGUAAUAAACUGUUCCUUGUGACCUGACCUCGGCCCCCAUUCCUCACUAAUCCACAGCUAUCCACCCUUAUCUGACCCCACCAUAUACAUUCCUACUACAGUGAGGGAAAAAAGUAUUUGAUCCCCUGCUGAUUUUGUACGUUUGCCCACUGACAAAGAAAUGAUCAGUCUAUAAUUUUAAUGGUAGGUUUAUUUGAACAAUGAGAGACAGAAUAACAACAAAAAAUAUCCAGAAAAAUGCAUGUCAAAAAUGUUAUAAAUUGAUUUGCAUUUUAAUGAGGGAAAUAAGUAUUUGACCCCCUCUCAAUCAGAAAGAUUUCUGCCUCCCAGGUGUCUUUUAUACAGGUAACGAGCUGAGAUUAGGAGCACACUCUUAAAGGGAGUGCUCCUAAUCUCAGUUUGUUACCUGUAUAAAAGACACCUGUCCUCAGAAGCAAUCAAUCAAUCAGAUUCCAAACUCUCCACCAUGGCCAAGGCCAAAGAGCUCUCCAAGGAUGUCAGGGAAAGAUUGUAGACCUACACAAGGUUGGAAUGGGCUACAAAACCAUCGCCAAGCAGCUUGGUGAGAAGGUGACAACAGUUGGUGCGAUUAUUCGCAAAUGGAAGAAACACAAAAGUACUGUAAAUCUCCCUCGGCCUGGGGCUCCAUGCAAGAUCUCACCUCGUGGAGUUGCAAUGAUCAUGAGAACGGUGAGGAAUCAGCGCAGAAUUACACGGGAGGAUCUUGUCAAUGAUCUCAAGGCAGCUGGGACCAUAGUCACCAAGAAAACAAUUGGUAACACACUACGCCGUGAAGGACUGAAAUCCUGCAGCGCCCGCAAGGUCCCCCUGCUCAAGAAAGCACAUAUACAGGCCCGUCUGAAGUUUGCCAAUGAACAUCUGAAUGAUUCAGAGGAGAACUGGGUGAAAGUGUUGUGGUCAGAUGAGACCAAAAUCGAGCUCUUUGGCAUUAACUUAACUCGCCGUGUUUGGAGAAGGAGGAAUGCUGCCUAUGACCCCAAGAACACCAUCCCCACCGUCAAACAUGGAGGUGGAAACAUUAUGCUUGGACGGGGCCAUAGGCAGCAUUCCUCCUCCUCCAAACACGGCCAUGUACCGUCAAAUCUUGGGUGAGAACCUCCUUCCCUCAGCCAGGGCAUUGAAAAUGGGUCGUGGAUGGGUAUUCCAGCAUGACAAUGACCCAAAACACACGGCCAAGGCAACAAAGGAGUGGCUCAAGAAGAAGCACAUUAAGGUCCUGGAGUGGCCUAGCCAGUCUCCAGACCUUAAUCCCAUAGAAAAUCUGUGGAGGGAGCUGAAGGUUCGAGUUGCCAAAUGUCAGCCUCAAAACCUUAAUGACUUGGAGAAGAUCUGCAAAGAGGAGUGGGACAAAAUCCCUCCUGAGAUGUGUGCAAACCUGGUGGCCAACUACAAGAAACGUCUGACCUCUGUGAUUGCCAACAAGGGUUUUGCCACCAAGUACUAAGUCAUGUGGUUCUCUGUAGCUCAGCUGGUAGAGCACGGCGCUUGUAACACCAAGGUAGUGGGUUCGAUCCCCGGGACCACCCAUACACAAAAAAAAAAUUAUGCACGCAUGACUGUAAGUCGCUUUGGAUAAAAGCGUCUGCUAAAUGGCAUAUUAUAUAUUAUUAUAUUAUUAUUAUCAUGUUGUGCAGAGGGGUCAAAUACUUAUUUCCCUCAUUAAAAUGCAAAUCAAUUUAUAACAUUUUUGACAUGCGUUUUUCUGGAUUUUUUUGUUGUUAUUCUGUCUCUCACUGUUCAAAUAAACCUACCAUUAAAAUUAUAGACUGAUCAUGUCUUUGUCAGUGGGCAAACGUACAAAAUCAGCAGGGGAUCAAAUACUUUUUUCCCUCAUUGUACAUAUAUCCAUUAACUUCUUGUUUAGCAAGUAUUUCAAAUUACAACCCAACAACUGAAACUAGACUGUGGCCCUUCUCCUCUCCAUAGGAUAUUUCACAUUUCAAGUUUAGAACCCAUCACAACUAUAAAACAGAAAGCAUAUGUGUUGGGACAUGGUAACAGAUCAUUUUUAUUGAGACAAAAUAAAAAAUACCUCAACCACCAAGAAGCAUGGUCAAAAGACGUGCAGUGAAAUGAUGAAAACAUCAGUAGCCUAACCACCAUCAUAAGCUCCAAGUGGCCGUGAUAAAUGGUGAAACUCAGCACAAUAAUGGCAUUAUAAUGAUAUUAUAAUGAUAUGUGUCUAUAUGAUAGCAGUCAAAAAUAGUCAAUUAUUGUCAGCUCGUGCUUUUGUGCAGCUUCACACAAUGUCAUCAGUUGGAUUUCAUUUUGCUGUUAUCCCUUGUCCUAACAGUUGACAUAAUUUUCAUAACUUUCACUUGCUUGACACACUUUGACGUACCUUUGUUUGGUUGUAGUGCGUAAUUGUAUCCGAUUUUCUCUUGAUUGUGUCCUGUUGUGUUGUGAUUUUUCAGCACCGUUGUGGAGUACAACGGCUGUGCAGGUGCCUUAUUUUGCGCAGAGGGAGGGAAUUCCCAUCUCACUUUGUUCAUGGUGUUGGCCAGACUUGUUUUCUUUGCAAGCAACUUGUUCGCCAAUGACAGUGAAGUACAGAAAUUGUCCAUGAUGACAUUUCUCCCCUUGUCAUCGUAAGGUUCCACAAGCAUCAUCACAUUCUCCGACACUCGUGCCUGCUGCCCGAUGUUGAUAUUUUCCCAGAGAUUGAAAGCAGUUCAGCAUAUACAGUUACACACGCGCUCGCUGCGUAGCCUACUCCAAGGAGGCCAGAGUAGACUGAUAAGACCACUUGGAUUUGGUGAACUGAUAUAGUGUACAAACCAUUUAAAGAUUAGGCCUAUAAUUAGACUGGAUCAAUACAAUAGAAUGGCCCGCCCUGUUCUUCAUUCACAAUUGGUGAUUACAUAAUUAUGCUCAUUUCGCUUCCCCUCGCUCAUCAACUCACCCAUUCUCCCCAUCAUACUUAAUUUAUUUAAACUGUUAUGUGUGAAAUUAGUUUCGGUAUAGUUUAGGUUCAGUUUUGAGGCAAUUGUCCGGGGGAUUAUCAACUGGGCACUGCACUUUCAACUGUCGUAAGAAGGAGCGGAGCAGGUCCUACUGUUGGGAGAAGGAAUCGUUUUUGAAAACUAUUCAAAAAAAUGACAUGCCCUCCUCAAACUGGUGAUAACUCCAGUUUUGUUUGUGAUUUUAAGAUUCUAACAACGGCAGUGUUAUAUACUUAUUUAGCAAAAGUCAAGGACGGGGGCAUGAGUAAAUAAUUGUCAGAGUAAUAAAAGUAAAUAAAUCAUGAGCAGUCAAAAUGACUGCUUUAGCGGUUCUAGUGUUAAGGCUACAAACACAGACUAGCCUAAGGUUAUUUUAGCAAUGCUGCAAACUUUAUAGCAAGGAGUUUGUUACUUAUAAUGAAAUAGCACUAACGAUUAGAUAAAGAAUCACCUUUACUAAAUUGAAUAGUUUCCAAGGGUUUAAGUGAAAUGUGGUGUUUAAUUCCCAAACUGACAGGAUUGUAUGAGUCAUCAUAUAAUUUGUGUUACUUUUGUCCCCUCACGCUGGUUUGCCCUUGGGUAGUGGGGCUUUAGCAAUUAUCCAUCUGUCCAUUGUGGGAACACAAGACACAUAAAAAAUAUUGAUCAUGUUAGAUGUGAUUUUGUCCUUCAUUCCUCACUGUCCUUAACUAUGAGACACAUUGCAUUAGAAAAGUGGGGUUUUGUAAGGUAAGACAAAAUUCCAUCUGGUUUAGUUUCUGUUAUGUCAGCUCUCAGCUUACGACACUGUUCACAUCCUUGAAACUAGCUAGGAUGGAUGGAAUGAUGAUUUUGAAUGAAUCCACUGCUUUUGUCUCAUGCUAGAGGCAAUCCUUACAGUAGCCUUCUAUGACUGUGCUUUCCAUUAAAUCUACCGUGCCAUUCUCAUGACUCUUUUUUUAUUAUGUAUGUUUGACCCACACAGAGGAAGAAUACAAGCGUCUGAGUGAAGCUCUGGCAGAUGAAGGCACCUAUAACUCAGUGGGCUUCCGCUACAGCGCAGACUACUACGACCCUUCUCAACCCACUGAGGAAGAGGAGGCCAAAAGGGAGACUGGUGAACACACACACACACACUUUAAACAAUUUACAGUGGGGGAAAAAAAAGUAUUUAGUCAGCCACCAAUUGUGCAAGUUCUCCCACUUAAAAAGAUGAGAGAGGCCUGUAAUUUUCAUCAUAGGUACACGUCAACUAUGACAGACAAAAUGAGGAUUUUUUUUCUCCAGAAAAUCACAUUGUAGGAUUUUUAAUGAAUUUAUUUGCAAAUUAUGGUGGAAAAUAAGUAUUUGGUCAAUAACAAAAGUUUCUCAAUACUUUGUUAUAUACCCUUUGUUGGCAAUGACACAGGUCAAACGUUUUCUGUAAGUCUUCACAAGGUUUUCACACACUGUUGCUGGUAUUUUGGCCCAUUCCUCCAUGCAGAUCUCCUCUAGAGCAGUGAUGUUUUGGGGCUGUCGCUGGGCAACACAGACUUUCAACUCCCUCCAAAGAUUUUCUAUGGGGUUGAGAUCUGGAGACUGGCUAGGCCACUCCAGGACCUUGAAAUGCUUCUUACGAAGCCACUCCUUCGUUGCCCAGGCGGUGUGUUUGGGAUCAUUGUCAUGCUGAAAAACCCAGCCACGUUUCAUCUUCAAUGCCCUUGCUGAUGGAAGGAGGUUUUCACUCAAAAUCUCACGAUACAUGGCCCCAUUCAUUCUUUCCUUUACACGGAUCAGUCGUCCUGGUCCCUUUGCAGAAAAACAGCCCCAAAGCAUGAUGUUUCCACCCCCAUGCUUCACAGUAGGUAUGAUGUUCUUUGGAUGCAACUCAGCAUUCUUUGUCCUCCAAACACGACGAGUUGAGUUUUUACCAAAAAGUUAUAUUUUGGUUUCAUCUGACCAUAUGACAUUCUCCCAAUCCUCUUCUGGAUCAUCCAAAUGCACUCUAGCAAACUUCAGACGGGCCUGGACAUGUACUGGCUUAAGCAGGGGGACACGUCUGGCACUGCAGGAUUUGAGUCCCUGGCGGCAUAGUGUGUUACUGAUGGUAGGCUUUGUUACUUUGGUCCCAGCUCUCUGCAGGUCAUUCACUAGGUCCCCCCGUGUGGUUCUGGGAUUUUUGCUCACCGUUCUUGUGAUCAUUUUGACCCCACGGGGUGAGAUCUUGCGUGGAGCCCCAGAUCGAGGGAGAUUAUCAGUGGUCUUGUAUGUCUUCCAUUUCCUAAUAAUUGCUCCCACAGUUGAUUUCUUCAAACCAAGCUGCUUACCUAUUGCAGAUUCAGUCUUCCCAGCCUGGUGCAGGUCUACAAUUUUGUUUCUGUUGUCCUUUGACAGCUCUUUGGUCUUGGCCAUAGUGGAGUUUGGAGUGUGACUGUUUGAGGUUGUGGACAGGUGUCUUUUAUACUGAUGACAAGUUCAAACAGGUGCCAUUAAUACAGGUAACGAGUGGAGGACAGAGGAGCCUCUUAAAGAAGAAGUUACAGGUCUGUGAGAGCCAGAAUUAUUGCUUGUUUGUAGGUGACCAAAUACUUAUUUUCCACCAUAAUUUGCAAAUAAAUUCAUUAAAAAUCCUACAAUGUGAUUUUCUGGAGAAAAAAAAUCUCAGAUUGUCUGUCAUAGUUGACGUGUACCUAUGAUGAAAAUUACAGGCCUCUCUCAUCUUUUUAAGUGGGAGAACCUACACAGUUGGUGGCUGACUAAAUCCUUUUUUCCCCACUGUAUUUUAAUCCAUAAAUCACAUUACAGUCCAAAAGGAUUUAAACAUUUCAUAGUUUACUCACGCAUACAUAUUUACAACUCCUGACCACUUUCAACCACUGAACAUCUCUCCUCUGACCUGCCCUUAGAGGGUGAGAGAGGAGAAAGAGAGAAAGUGUCUGAACUUUUACACACACACACACACGCUAGACACAUGAAUGCGCUGGUGGAGAGGCUCGCACAUCAGCUUCAAUAAAAACCCUGUGAUUCAUUAUUUAUCAUGGCAGGCUCCCCGGAGACACAUAAACCACUACUUGAAGCCCUGGAGCUAUAAAAAAUAACAAUUUUCAAGAUUCAGCUCUGAAUGUGAAAUAGCUUACUGGCUUGCUACUGUACUGACUGUUAAUCACCUGUGAAGUCCAAUACUGGGUUCCAGCCCCUCCACUAUGCCCUGUUUUGGCCCACACUCUAACCACAUGAAUACUGUUUGGUUUCCCAGAGACAGCCUGCACCAGCCAGUCCAAGUAUCCACACAUAUUGAGGGUAAACCGAGUCCAAAAUAAGUAAUUGCCUUGCCGCUCAUGCAUAUUCAUAAGCACCUGGCCGCCUCCUCACCGGCAGGAGACAUUGUCUCAAAGCCUGAGGCACUUAGCAAGAGAAUCUGUUACCUCAUUGGCACUAAAGUGUAUUUGCUUUGGAUGUGACAGUCAAUGUCAGUCCGACAUCUUGACUGGCAGCCUAACACUGGGGGAGGGAGUGUUGGAGUGUUAAUGCUGAGUGUUAAUGAUGAUAGUGGCUGUCAGGAUGCUCUACUCCGCGCCAGGCCUGGCUCUCUCCUCUAAUUGGACAGUCAUUUAUAAGACCGCAAACAGCAUACUCUUCUGCAGCUUGAUGUCUGUUGAAAAAAUCCUAAGUACCAGGCCCAUUUAUCAGCCGGGUCACUGCUUCUAUCAAGACCCAAUGUCCCUAUCAGCCCAACCAUACUAGCCCACACAUUGUCAACGUGGAAAUUAACCUUGUAAAGCUGGCAACACUUAUACCACCCCUCCCCGCGCCCGCCCACCUCUAGCCAAUGCCCAUGUGCCCCUCCCUCAGCAGAUGGUACAGUACUACUGCUGUGUGUCUGAGUGCUGUCAUCAGUACCAUGUAACCUGGCCCAGCGCUGCCUGGGAUUACUCAGCCGUACAACCCCCCUCAACUGUGUGUUAACAGAGACGAAAGGAGAAGAGAGGAGUCGAUUUGUCAAGGAUGGAGUUCUCAGCAUGAACCAAUCAUUUGGCUCUGUUGUGGUGUCGGGCAGGGGCACACCUCGGGCAACCGGCUGAGCCCUUGAUUAAAUCAGCACAAACAGUGGUGUCCAUUAACCGUAAAAAGGUGCAAGAGGAAUCUAAGCUGGGCUCCUUGGCUGCCAUGUGCUUACCCCCUACAUCCAUCUGCAACCUCCCAACCGUGAACCAACGCAUACAAUUCUAAUCUAAUUUCCAGCUGACUUGUCUGCCUAUUAUUUCACACUGGGGGGAGGCGGUUGGAUGUUGUAAAUAAUUGUGACAGGGACCGCGGCCUCCCGGAAAGUUAAGAGUAAGUAAAGCUGAAACUUUGAGUGCCUCGGGCAACGUGGCCGGAUGAGAGUGGGUAGAGGAAGGAGAGGAGGAAACGUUGAGUGGUUGUGUGGCACAGUGACUCUAGGGUGAAUUCUAAUCUAUUUUCUUCUCCUCUUCUCUCUCUGACCUUGUGGGUUGUUCCCCAUCAGAAGAAGCAGAGCCGCAGGAGAGCGAGGAACCCUACGUGGCACCCCCGGGUCUGGCGAUCCCCCCCGAUGUGGAGCUGGUGAGUGCCCUGCACAACGUCCCACUGCUUCAUGCUUAAACCAUUCUGCACCACAGGGGUGCAGAAUCGGUUUUGGGCAGAUCAGAGUCAUAACUACAUUUGAAAAUGUUGGGUCAGGGGGUCAACGGUUCCUUUUCUAUAACAAUCCCUGUUAUGGUGCCACAGAGAGAGAAUAGGAAGGGAGCAGAGAUACCAGCAGAACUUAGUCCUAGCUUGUGAGGGCUGUGUGCAGGGUAGUAUUGAUGUUGUGAGGCCGAUCAGACUGCUGACAGACAUGUGGUGAGGCCGGAGGCAAACGAUAAGGUGUCUGAUCUGGAGGAGGUUAUUGAGGUCAUCACACAUCCUGGAGCCUGGGAGGAGACUGAGAAGAGGAGUCUGUGCUGCCUUGGUUUGCAUCAGCCAGUAUCAGGGGUCUGCAUCUCAAUCCACUAGGACAGACUGUCCACUCCACUUCUGCUGCUUCCCCCAUUGACUGCCGCUCGCCUUUCAUCUGCAGGCUCCUUCUUAUACGAGACGGGGAGGCUUUCAUCACAGCAUGGCAGCAUGGCCUCGAUUCUCACACACACACACCCUAUCUGACUUCAGACUGACGCAAACACACACACACUGACAUACACACAGAGAUACACACACACACACACACUGACAUACACACAGAGAUACACACACACACACACAAAGUGAUUCAAUAAAGAUGCAUGUGACAGAGUUCUCCCUCACUCUGGCUGUCAAAGCGUCCUCUGUGAUGUCCAGAGUAGACACACACUGAGACAAUGGGCCCACCCACGUCUCAGAAUCCUUACCUGCUGAUUUCUUUCCACGUGUCCUUAUAAUGAGAUUUCGAUUUGGGACCCAGCAAAGCCCUUCCAAUUGCUCUGCCUCGAAACGGUCAAUUAGUCAAAGCCGGCACCAUUCUCAGAAUAUCUGAUCUGAAUUAUUAUUCUGGAAAUGUGGCUGUAUUUCCCCCACGUUAUCACGAGUGUGAGUUCUCAGGCAGCACAGGCAGACGGUCUGACAACCUGGGGAGAAGGAAUCAGCUCUCUCGCUCUGCUCUCUCUCUGUGUAUCAUGACUCCAUAAGAAGUUAGUGGUUCCACAUUUAUUUUCAUAAUUGCAAGGUUAUUUGCCGCUACGGAGCUUUCUGCUCUCGCAAGCGCUUGGAGGCUCUGAAUGCAUUAGGAGUGUAUGUGUAGAGGGACGCUACUACUGAGUGCAGGCCUUAGCGUCUCCUCUCCAAAGGUCUUCAUUUAAUAUUCAUUAUUUCAGAUUUUCACAAUUGUUGCUCUCUCUUUUUUGGGACUCUGAUGGUAACUAACGAGAAUGAUUCAUCAUUGAAAGUACACAGACGCAGUGAUAUUGAAUAAUGUAUCACAUCAAAUCCCAAUGAUUUCCAUCUUGUAUCUAUUUUGUAAAUGAGUGUUAAAGUGAAGAAGCCAUUAAACCUCAGCUACAGUCUUUAGAAAAUAGAAUUUGGGGAACUUUGAUUUGGCCCCACCAAGAACACUCAGACACUCAAAGUCCAGUUUCAUGUUUCGUUGUAUUUACUUUUUCAUCUUUGCUUCUGAAGUGAUUGCUCUUUCUCUUAUGCCUCAGUUAUAAAAUACAGUUCGCAUGUAUGAAGUGUCUCAGAGUAGGAGUGCUGAUUUAGGAUCACCGUUACUUAUUAGACCACAAUUAAUCAUAUUAAAUGGACAGGGGGACCUGAUCCUAGAUCAGCACUCCUUCUCUGAGAUGCUUGAUACAUACUGCCACAGGUUGUCACCUAUCCUUAACCCCACACUUCUUUUGCCCUGCCUCAUUGAUAACGGCCCUGUCUGCUGACUUAGUGUGUGUGCUCUUCCUCUCUCCUCUCCAGCCAGCGACCACCAAAACCCAUGCCAUCAUCGAGAGGACCGCCAACUUUGUGUGCCAGCAGGGGGCCCAGUUUGAGAUUGUUUUGAAAGCCAAGCAGUCUGGCAACUCCCAGUUUGACUUCCUGAACUUUGAACACUACCUGAACCCCUACUACAAACACAUCCUGAAGGCCAUGAAGGAGGGCCGCUACACCCCUGCCUCCGACAAGCAGGACUCACAGGGUAAGUCACAGGGGUCAAAGAGGUUAACAAAAAGAGUUCAUAUAGAAGGUGUUGUAAAUAAUGUAUGGGAUACAUAGUUCCAUACUACCUAAUACGUAAUAUAUGUGGAAGUCUUAGAGAGCAGGUCCACAGAAUACAUGUUAACAACACAAUACACGAACCGAGUUCAGAAUGCAAGGACUUGAGACAUUAACUGUUUUCAUACUUUAAUGUCUUUCUAUAGUCUCUGAUGAUUCUGAUGAUUCUGACGAUGAUGGGGAUGGUAACUACCUCCACCCCAGCCUGUUUGCUCCUAAGAAGAGUUCUCGCCUUGAGGAGCUGAUGAAGGUAAGGACUAGAGCUGUGACUGUCAUGGAAUAGCUUUGACUGUCAUGGAAUUUUGGAUCACUGUUAUUGGUCAGCCAAAUGACUGCGGUCAGCGUAAUAACCAUUCAGAAAAUAAAGAAUACUUUUUUAAGACACACAUUUUCUCUCCACCGCUCCUCACUGCAUGUGCUGCCAUAGAAAUAGAAUGAAGAGAACGGGCUUCCCCAUUCAAGUCAAUGAUGGCAUAAUGGGUGGACUGGUGCCCAUUGCGAGUGUUCCCAUAAGAGUAAAGCAGGAAGUAAAAGCAGGAAGUGUAACCAUCAAUAUGUGCUGUGAUUUGUUGAUUCAACUCAACUGACAUUACAAAAAAGACAUUCCAUUGCAUGAGCCAUAUCAGUUAAACCCCCUAGUCGAUGUCCGCUCCCCCUCAAAAAUCGAUUUAGCAUAAUACAAAAAUCCCCAUCAAAAUCCAUCUGUUUAAGCUAGAGAUAUGGGCUGCAUCUCAAUCCACCGCAUCCAACAAUGGCAGCCUUCUGCAUCUGCGGUGGAAUGUGGCCGAUUUACAGGGAUGUUUGUCAGACCAUGAGACAUCCCGAAAAUCAGUCUUCUCACGAAAACGUCUGUAGCUAAUAUGACCCCACUAUGGAAAGGUGAGACUCACGAACACGUACAGUGCAUUCGGAAAGUAUUCAGAACCCUUGACUUUUUCCACAUUUUGUUACGUUACAGCCUUGUUCUAAAAUGGAUACAAUUGUUUUUUCCCUCAUCAAUCUACACACAAUACCCCAUUAUGACAAAGCAAAAACUGUUUUGUAGAAAUUUUAGCAAAUGUAUUAAAAAUCAAAAACUUAUAUCACAUUUACAUAAGUAUUCAGACCCUUUACUCAGUACUUUGUUGAAGCACCUUUGGCAGCGAUUACAGCCUUGUGUCUUCUUGGGUAUGACGCUACAAGCUUUGCACACCUGUAUUUGGGGAGUUUCUCCCAUUCUUCUCUGCAGAUCCUCUCAAGCUUUGUCAGGUUGGAUGGGGAGCGUCGCUGCACAGCUAUUUUCAGGUCUCUCCAGAGAUGUUCAAGUCCAGGCUCUGGCUGGGCCACUCAAGGACAUUCAGAGACUUGUCCUGAAGCCACUCCUGCAUUGUCUUGGCUGUGCUUAGGGUCGUUGUCCUGUUGGAAGGUGACCCUUCGCCCCGGGCUGAGGUUCUGAGCGCUCUGGAGCAGGUUUUCAUCAAGGAUCUCUCUCUGUACUUUGCUCUGUUCAUAUUUCCCUCGAUCCUGACUAGUCUCCCAGUCCUUGCCGCUGAAAAACAUCCCCACAGCAUGAUGCUGCCACCAACAUGCUUCACCGUAGGGAUGGUGCCAGGUUUCCUCCAGACGUGACGCUUGGCAUUCAGGCCAAAGAGUUAAAUCUUGGUUUCAUCAGACCAGAGAAUCUAGUUUCUCAUGGUCUGAGUGCGGGCUGUCAUGUGCCUUUUUACUGUGGAGUGGCUUCCGUCUGGCCACUCUACCAAAAAGGCCUGAUUGGUGGAGUGCUGCAGAAAUGGAAGUUUCUCCCAUCUCCACAGAGGAGCUCUGGAGCUCUGUCAGAGUGACCAUCGGGUUCUUGGUCACCUCCCUGACCAAGGCCCUUCUCCCCUGAUUGCUCAGUUUGGCCGGGUGGCCAGAUCUAGGAAGAGUCUUGGUGUUUCCAAAUAUCAUUUGAAUAAACAUUCUACAUUACCAUGGAUAUUUUUGCAUCACAAUACCAGGUAGCCAUUGCGAGUGUAGCCAUGAGUUUAACCCUGGCAAUUUGACUGGUAGAGGUUCCAAAGACGUCAAUUCAACGGCUCAGACACGAGACGUAUGUGGCAGGGUCUACAUACAAUCACGGACUACAAAAGUAAAACCAGCCACGUCGCCGACACCGACGUCUUGCUUCCGGACAAGCUUAACACCUUCUUUGCCCGCUUUGGGGAUAACACAGUGCCACCGACGCGGCCCACUACCAAGGACUGUGGGCUCUCCUUCUCCGUGGCUGACGUGAGUAAGACGUUUAAGCAUGUUAAACCCCGCAAGGCUGCCGGCCCAGACGGAAUCCCUAGCCACGUCCUCAUAGCAUGCGCAGACCAGCUGGCUGGUGUGUUUACGGACAUAUUCAAUCUCUCCCUAUCCCAGUCUGCUGUCACCGUUUGCUUCAAGAUGCCCACCAUUUUUCCUGUAACCAAGAAAGCAAAGGUAACUGAACUAAAUGACUAUCGCCCCGUAGCACUCACUUCUGUCAUCAUGAAGUGCUUUGAGAGACUAGUCAAGGAUCAUAUCACCUCUACCUUACCUGUCAUCCUAGACCCACUUCAAUUAGCUUACUGUGCCAAUAGAUCCACAGACGAUGCAAUCGCCAUCACACUGCACACUGCCCUAUCCCAUCUGGACAAGAGGAAAACCUAUGUAAGAAUGCUGUUCAUUGACUAUAGCUCAGCAUUCAACACCAUAGUACCCUCCAAGCUCAUCAUUAAGCUCGAGGCCCUGGGUCUGCACCCCGCCCUGUGCAACUGGGUCCUGGACUUCCUGACGGGCCGCUCCCAGGUGGUGAAGGUAGGAAACAACACCUCAACUUCGUUGAUCCUCAACACAGGGGCCCCACAAGGGUGCUUGCUCAGCCCCCUCCUGUACUCCCUGUUCACCCAUGACUGCGUGGCCAAGCACGCCUCCACCUCAAUCAUCAAGUUUGCAGACAACACAACAGUAGUAGGCUUGAUUACCAACAAUGACGAGACAGCCUACAGGGAGAAGGUGAGGGCUCUGGGUGUGUGGUGCCAGGAAAAUAACCUCUCACUCAACGUCAACAAAACAAAGGAGAUGAUCGUGGACUUCAGGAAACAGCAGAGGGUCCACCCCCCUAUCCACGUCGACGGGACCGCAUUGGAGAAGGUGGAAAGCUUCAAGUUCCUUGGCGUACACAUCACUGACAAACUGAAAUGGUCCACCCAUGCAGUCAGUGUGGUGAAGAAGGCACAACAGAGCCUCUUCAACCUCAGGAGGCUUGGCACCUAAAACCCUCAAACUUUUACAGAUGCACAAUUGAGAGCACCCUGUUGGGCUGUAUCACCGCCUGGUACGGCAACUGCACCACCCGCAACUGCAGGGCUCUCCAGAGGGUGGUGCGGUCUGCCGAACGCAUUACAGGGGGAAAACUACCCGCCCUCCAGGACACCUACAGCACCCGAUGUCACAGGAAGGCCAAAAAGAUCAUCAAGGACAUCAACCACCCGAGCCACUGCCUGUUCACCCCACUAUCAUCUAGAAGGCGAGGUCAGUACAGGUGCAUCAAAGCUGGGAACGAGAGAAUGAAAACCAGCUUCUAUCUCAAGGCCAUCAGACUGUUAAAUAGCCAUCACUAGCACAUUAGAGGCUGCUGCUGCCUGUAGAAAUCACUGGCCACUUUAAGAAAUGGAACACUAGUUACUUUAAUAAUGUUUACAUAUCUUGCAUUACUCAUCUCAUAUGUAUAUACUGUAUUCUAUAAUAUUCUACUGUAUCUUAGUCCAUUCCACUCUGUCAUUGCUCUUCCAUAUAUGUAUUGUUAAUUCCAUUCCUUACUUAGAUUUGUGUGAAUUGGGUAUAUGUUGUGAAAUUGUUAGAUAUUACUUGUUAGAUAUUACUGCACUGUCGGUGCUAGAAGCACAAGCAUUUCGCUACACCCGCAAUAACAUCUGCUAAACACGUGUAUGUGACAAAUAACAUUUUAUUUGAUCAUCCUUGAGCUGUUUCUACAACUUGAAUGGAGUUCACCUGUGGUAAAUUCAAUUGAUUGGACUUGAUUUGGAAUGUCUAUAGAAGGUCCCACAGUUAACACACCUGUCUAUAGAAGGUCCAACAGUUGACAGUGCAUAUCAGAGCAAAAACCAAGCCAUGAGGUCAAAGGAAUUGUCCGUAGAGCUCCGAGACAGGAUUGUGUCGAGGCACAGAUCUGGGGAAGGGUACCAAAACAUUUUUGCAGCAUUGAAGGGCCCCCAAGAACAGUGGCCUCCAUCAUUCUUAAAUGGAAGAAGGUUGGAACCACCAAGACUCUUCCUAGAGCUGGCCGCCUGGCCAAACUGAGCAAUCAGGGGAGAAGGGCCUUGGUCAGGGAGGUGACCAAGAACCCGAUGGUCACUCUGACAGAGCUCCAGAGUUCCUCUGUGGAGAUGGGAGAACCUUCUAGAAGGAUAAUCGUCUCUGCAGCACUCCACCAAUCAGGUCUUUAUGGUAGAGUGGCCAGACAGAAGCCACUCCUCAGUAAAAGGCACAUGACAGCCCGCUUGGAGUUUGCCAAAAGGCACCUAAUGGACUCAGAUGAUGAGAAACCAGAUUCUCCGGUCUGAUGAAACCAAGAUUGAACUCUUUGGCCUGAAUUCCAAGCGUUACGUCUGGAGGAAACCUGGCACCAUCCCUACAGUGAAGCAUGUUGGUGGCAGCAUCAUGCUGUGGGGAUGUUUUUCAGCGGCAGGGACUGGGAAACUAGUCUGGAUUGAGGGGAAAGAUGAACGGAGCAAAGUACAGAGAUCCUUGAUGAAAACCUGCUCCAGAGCGCUCAGGACCUCAGACUGGGGCGAAGGUUCACCUUCCAACAGGACAACGACCCUAAGCACACAGCCAAGACAACGCAGGAGUGGCUUCGGGAAAAGUCUGAAUGUCCUUGAGUGGCCCAGCUAGAGCCUGGACUUGAACCCGAUCUAACAUCUCUGGAGAGACCUUGAAAAUAGCUGUGCAGCGACGCUCCCCAUCCUACCUGACAGAGCUUGAGAGAAUCUGCACAGAAGAAUGGGAGAAACUCCCCAAAUACAGGUGUGCCAAGCUUGUAGCAUCAUACCCAAGAAGACUCAAUGCUGUAAUCGCUGCCAAAGGUGCUUCAACAAAGUACUGAGUAAAGGGUCUGAACUAUGUGACAUUUCCAUUUUUAUUUUUAUUUUUAUAAAUUUGCAAAAAUCUCACAAAAACAGUUUUUGCUUUGUCAUUAUGAGGUAUUGUGUGUAUAUUGGUGAGGGGAAAAAACAAUUGAAUCCAUUUUAGAAUAAGACUAACGUAACAGAAUGUGGAAAAAGUCAAGGGGUCCGAAUAUUUUCUGAAUACACUGUAUAUUUGACACUCCUUAGCUAUUUUGUCUAGCUAUAAAAAAUAAAAACGUAGGCUAAGAGUAUGACUUUGGGCUAGGCUACGCUUUCAUCAUUUUAUGCAUGCAUGGCUUUCUCCCGAUCAAACAAUGAAUGAAUCUAAUGAGCUCCAUCUCAAAAAGUUGUUUGAAUAUCCUUAAAACGUAAGGUAGCCAGGGGACUAUAAUAAUGAUAGAACAAACAAUAUCAAUAGCCUAUAGAAAAAUCGAAUUGCAAGUUUAAGCUUAUUAAGAAAUAAAUUAUCCCUCCAUGCGAGGUUGAAAACCAAAUGUCCAAGUUAAAGCUAUGAACGUAGCCUAUUUCCCAAAUAUUCUAAUAGCCUAAGAAGGUGUUGUCCUAAAGUUGCCGCUUUCAAAACGAACAAGAAUGAAAGUCGGGAGUCUAGGCCUAGGCAUAGACUGUUCUUAAUCACAGCCUUAUGAGCGAUUGAACAAACAAUAUUAAGAGAGGACGAUGAAGCAAAUAAAGCAAUUAGUAGUUAGUUCUGAAAACUGUAGACUUUGCUUCUAUCCAGCCCAUGAUUUAUAACCUAACUCGCUAUCGAAAGACAGCCCGUUUCUCAUCAGUUAUCUGUCACUUUGCUCUGUCAUGUGCGCGCCGCACAGACCCACACAAAUCUGUUCCAUGCUGAAGCAUGACCAAAAGGAAUAUUAGAUCAUGUUUGCCUGCACUUAGCAUUUGCCCAGGCUUUCAACAACAUAGUUCGUUAUGAUUCAUCCAGUUGUAGCAUGUGAUUUUAAUGUUAUAGCCCAACGGUGGUUAAAAAAUGAAUAUUUGUCUCACGUUUUAUGAGUAAAUAAUCACGAUAGCACAAAGGUUGACAUCGCCCAACCCUAGCUGAGAUAAUUGGAUAUGAGAAAGAAUUAUUAUGAAAAGUCUCCACCAUAUUGCUUUGUUCUGUCUUAUUUAGACAUAGUUAUCUUGGCUGCGAAGGGAAGAAAGAUACCAUAAAACAAUGGAAUUUGUUCAUUUCAGGGCCUUUCUAGAGCAAUUAUCUCCCAUUCAUACUGGCUUUGCCCGUUCAAACCAACCCACAAUUUGUCUAUUAACGGCUUAUACUGAUUUUUAAAAAAAAUAGGGUUUAACCAAUUGCUAAUUAUGCCCAUGGUUAGGUUUUUAAUGUUCAAAAGCCCAUAGACUUUUGAAUUAAUCACACAUUACUGUUAAGUUGUUAUAUUCAACAGCAUAACUGAUUUCAAAGCGUCUCACUUCAAAGUGCUUAGAUUUUUUCCCCCCUAUUUGUUGUGGUUGAGGAUGAGCUACCAUCAAGUAUUUUUCUCCUCAUCUCUUGAUUUAAUAUUCUGUAUGUUUAAUCAGUGUCACUUGUUGUAAUUCCGAGUGAAUUUCACAAAGUAAAUGAAGAGAUAAAAGACUCUUAAAUAAACCAACAUGUGAUCAGAUUUUCACUCCAAAUUACAAAGGGCUCAAUCCUUUAAACAUAAGUUGUAUUUUUUUCCCAUUUUACUUUUAGACCUGAAUAUCAAGAGUCCCAUCUUUCAUUUAUAUCUUUUGAAGUCUGUUCUUUAAAGGGUUUUCAUAACUUGUAUGCCAACUCAUGUUGAUUACACCAUAUUGUACACCAUAAGGCUGGAAACACCUGUAUAAAUCAUCAGUGUACAUGUUUAUAUAUUAUUCCAUUAGUAUAUUAGUCCACACUUCAUAAUAAAUUAGUUGUAAUAAGUAGAAAUGUAUCAGCUAGUUACAGCCAUUACUCUGCCCUGAAUUGUCGUCCUCUCCAUCAGCCAGAGAUGUCUCACAGUUUCACCCCUAUAGCUUCCCAUUGUUGGGGCAGGUAGCCUAGUGGUUAAGAGCGUUGGGCCAGUAACCGAAAGGUCAAUGGUUCAACUCCCCGAGCCGACUAGGUGAACAAUCUGUCUGUGCCUUUUGAGCAAGCACUUAACCCUAAUUGCUCCUGUAAGUCGCUCUCGAUAAGGACGUCUGCUAAAUGACUAAAAUGUAAAUGUUGGAGGUUAUGCUGACCAGUAGUUCUAAGCCUUUUAACCAAAUCUAUUUGUGUUGUAGCCCCUCCAAGUCAUGGACCCAGACCAUCCACUGGCAGCGCUGAUCCGGAAAACCCGUCAGGAACAGAACGGAGCCGCCGCUGCUGCAGCCGCCAUCAUGGCAACCAAGCCAGAGGAAGUACCCGCAGAGCCAGCUGUGCCCGCCACACCCGCAGAGUACAUCGCUGACUGUGAGUACACUGUGAAAUCCAAUACCUGA